UACUUAAAAAUACAUUAAAAAUGUACAACCGGCUGCAGCUGCAUCUCUAAAGAAGGCGAGAGAGAAAAGGAUAAGGGCGAGCAAGGACAAUUCAGCGGAAGUCCUAUAAAAUAAAAGGAAAGCUCAACACACAACACAAAAUUCAUCCAUCAUGCGGCGACCUAAAGCAGCUAUCGAGCUGUCGCUGCUACUCCUGGUGGUGCUCCUCCAACUGGUCCAUUGGCCAGCCGCGGAGGCAUCCUUCGGCCGCGACGAGUGCAACGAGCUGAGCGUGAGCACGUCCUGCCAAUGUGCACCCAUUAUGUCAGAGUACGAGAUCCAUUGUCCGGCCAACGAGGAGAACCCCAAGUUCCGGCUAAACAUCCAACCCAGCCGGAACAUUGUCUCGAUCGUGUGCAACCUCACAGACACCUCGGACUAUCAGCAGCUGCCGAAGGUGAGAAUCGGUGAGAUUGAUAUGGUCACCAUGCAGAGAUGCCUGUUGCCGGGACAUACGCCCAUUGCCGGUAUCCUGGACUUUUUGGGCAUACCCACGCCCAAGAUGCUGAUCUUUGAGAGCGACAACCUGGGCAUGAACAUCACGCGGCAGCACUUGGAACGUCUACACAACCUCAAGCGUUUGCGGUUCACCUCACGCCGUCCCACGCAUAUUCCGGGGAACCUGCUCAACGAUCUGCAUAAUCUCAGUGCCCUGGAGCUGAUGGCCAACAUUGCCGAGAUGCCGGCUCAUCUGUUCGACAAUCUGGAGAACCUGGAGUCCAUUGAGUUUGCCAGCAACCGACUCAAACGACUGCCGCCUGGGAUCUUUAGCAAAAUGCCCAAGCUGAAGCAUCUGAAUCUGUGGAACAACCAGCUGCACAACCUGACCAAGCAUGACUUUGAGGGUGCCACCUCGGUGCUGGACAUUGAUAUCCAUGCCAAUGGGAUCGAGCAGCUGCCCCAUGAUGUCUUCGCCCUGCUCACGAAUCUAACGGAGAUCAAUCUGAGCGCCAAUCACUUCCGCUCCCUACCAGAGGGUCUCUUUGAGCACAAUCCGCACCUGCAGCAGGUGCGAAUCCUCAACAAUCGGGUGCCACUCACCACUCUGCCAUCUCGCCUGUUUGCCAACCAUCUGGAGCUGAAGGUUAUACUUCUACGAUCGGAACUAGAGACACUGCCAGGCGAUCUCUUUGAGCACUCGACGGAGAUCACAAAUAUCUCGCUAAAGGAGAAUCUGCUGACCACGUUGCCUGCCAGGCUGCUGGAGCAUCAGGUGAAUCUCCUGAAUCUGGAUCUGAGCAGCAACCGGCUGACUCAUCUGCCGGACAAGCUAUUUGAGCACACCACCAAGCUGACGGAUUUGAAUCUCGAGGAUAAUCUGUUGACAGGCAUUAGCAGUGACAUAUUCAGCAGACUGGGCCACCUAGAGACCUUGACUAUGAGCUGGAAUCGUCUACGAACCAUCGAUCCCAAUGCCUUUGUGGGCGCCACGGAACUGCGACACCUGCAUCUGGAGCACAACGAUAUCAAUUUGCAGCAGCCCCUCUUGGAGGCAAUCCUCGAGGUCACUGGCAACUCUCCUUUUAGCCCCCUGACCGAGCUGGAAACCCUUAAUCUGCGUAACAAUUCGGUGUUGUUCAUCUAUUCGGACUGGAAGUUCCUAUUGACGCAACUGCGAGUCCUUGAUCUGAGCUACAACAACAUCAGCUCGCUGUCCUACGAGGAUCUGCAGUUUUUGUCCAAGAACCGGCUGCAUGUGAACUUUACGCAUAAUCAGAUCACAAGGAUACAAAUGCCCACGGACUUGGAGGUGAGCGAGGAUAUGGGCUCGAAGGUGGUGCACGUGGAUCUCAACGAUAAUCCUUUGGUCUGCGAUUGCGUGCUGCUCCGAUUUGUCCAAUUGGUGAGGGGCGAACAUGUGCCGGCGUAUACAAGGCAGUUCAAGUUGCGCACAGACCGGUUGACCUGCAACCAGCCCAGUGCCCUGCAGGCCAUGCCCGUGCGUGAGGUGCUGCCGGAGAAGCUCAUCUGUCCGCUGGACAUCUCCGACGAUCCGAGAGAGCGAAAGUGUCCGCUUGGCUGCAGCUGUUGGGUUCGAACCUUCGACAAGGCCUUGUUGGUGAAGUGCAACAGCGGGAAUCUGACCGAGGUGCCCAGACUGCCGGAUCUGCACAACAACCUGGACAUAAUGGAGCUGUAUCUGGAGAACAAUACCCUUGUCAGCCUGCCUUCCUUCGACACUCGUGGCUACGAUCAGGUGACCAGUCUCCAUCUGGCUGGCAAUAAUCUCACCAGCAUUGAGGUGGAUCAACUGCCGAGGCACCUGAACCACCUGGACGUGAGCCGGAACCAACUUCAGGCAUUGAACGCCACCGUGCUGGGCUUCCUCAAUCGCACCAUGCCGUAUCGGUCCCUGAGACUGGCCGGGAACCCCUGGAACUGUGACUGCAAUGCCAAGCCCCUGCUUCUGUUCACCCAGGACAACUUUGAGCGGAUUGAGGAUCGCAAUGAGAUGAUGUGCAUGAAUGCCGAGUCGCCCACACGGAUGGUGGAGUUGUCCACCAACGACAUCUGUCCGGAUGAUCGCAGUGCCUUCAUUGCCCUGGCCGUGGUGAUCGCUUUGACUGGCCUUCUGGCCGGAUUUACGGCUGCUCUGUACUACAAGUACCAGAUGGAGAUCAAGAUCUGGUUGUAUGCCCACAACAUGUUCCUCUGGCUGGUCACCGAGGAGGAGCUGGACAAGGAUAAAAAGUUCGAUGCCUUCAUCUCGUACUCGCACAAGGAUCAGAGCUUCAUCGAGGACUACCUGGUGCCGCAGCUGGAGCACGGUCCCCAGAAGUUCCAGCUGUGUGUGCACGAACGCGACUGGCUGGUGGGCGGACACAUACCCGAGAACAUCAUGCGAUCCGUGGCGGAUUCGCGGCGCACCAUCAUCGUGCUGAGCCAGAACUUCAUCAAGUCGGAGUGGGCACGCAUGGAGUUCCGGGCAGCACACAGAUCGGCUCUGAACGAGGGUCGUGCCCGCAUCAUUGUCAUCAUUUACUCGGACAUUGGCGAUGUGGAGAAGCUGGACGAGGAGCUAAAGGCCUACCUGAAGAUGAACACCUACCUGAAGUGGGGCGAUCCCUGGUUCUGGGAUAAGCUGCGCUUUGCUUUGCCGCACCGCAAAUCCCUGGGAAAUAUGGGCAACGGAGCAUUGAUCAAGUCGCCCCUGAAGGGCUCCACCGAUGACAAGCUGGAGCUGAUCAAACCGUCGCCAGUGACGCCGCCACUGACCACGCCGCCGGCGGAGGCCACCAAGAACCCGCUGGUGGCGCAGCUAAACGGAGGCACCACUCACCCCGCCAUGAUGAUUGCCAAUGGCAAGAACGGACUGACGAAUCUCUACACACCCAAUGGCAAGGUGCACCAUGCCAACGGCCACAUCAAUGGCGCCUUCAUCAUCAACACGAAUGCGAAACAGAGCGACGUAUAGGACUGGGAGAAGGCGGAGCUGUUCCAGUUCGAUCCCGACGAUGAGCUAUUGUUCCGUUAGAGAGACGAGAAGAAGCCGCAACCCACUGCCACGGACGGAGGCGGAGAAGCACCCAGCUGAAUGUAUAAAGUCUAGAGAAUAUUAUCGAUUUUCCCCCCAAGCUCCUCCUAGCCUGCGCUUCAGGAAAAGUUUAUAGAAGUUUCCAAUUUCAAUAUUUCAUGUGGCCUUUGUUAAAGAAAGAAUUAUAAAGAAGAAAUAAUAGUUUGAGGAAGAAGUGCAAGUAGGAGGCAUCACUCUGUUAAGUGUUAUUUUUAAGGCUAGCCUAGACCCUCUCGUAAGACAGCAAAUCUCAUUUAAUUAGUAAUUAUUUGUACAUUAGGAUUACCUUAAGCUGCCGCCGCUAAACAAACUGAGACUAGCUCAAGGCUUACCUUACCCCAUGACCACAUUUAUUUAAAUAUUUUACCUUUGAACGAAGAGGAAUCUCAGCCGAAAGGGAGUCCAACUUUUGAACAAAUCGAGCUUUAUUUCAAACUAUAUAACUACUUAUUAUUUGUUAGAACGCAACCUACAACCUAAAACUACUACGAGUAAGAGCCGCAUGCAAUACACAUACGACG